CAUGCCGCUCCUGCAAGAGGAGAUUUAGAUCUGCUCAAGCUCUUGGCGGUCACAUGAACAUCCACAGGAGGGAGAAAGCCAGGCUGAAGCAGUUGUCCUCAUGGGUUGUUGAGUAUCAUCCUCCUCCUCCUAACCCUAAACCUAACAUUGUCGUGACUAGCUCGUCUCAGAGCUCUCACUCUCGGUCUCAGCUCAACCGUACCCUCUUGCCACCUCCCCCACCAUCAUCUCCUUCGGUGAACAAGCCCUUCUCACGUGCUUCCCCUCCUUCAGUGUCCUCAGAUCUUGAUUGCAGGUGGCGCGAAAAGUUGGCUGUCAUUGCAGCCGAUGAUGGCCUGCCUAGAGGUGUUCCGAGACGGGCAAGCGAUGAUGAGGGAAAGAAGCAAAGCAGGAGAUCAACAGGUGUCGCUGGAGCGGAAGAAGAAGCAAAGGCAAUCUUAGAGAAGUAUAAGCUCAAAGAAGCACACGGAGAUCCAAGCAGAUUGGAGCUGGAGAUCGGGUUUAUCAAGGAUCCGAGCUGCAGUCUCGAUUUGGAGCUCCGACUCGGGAUCUUGUGAGUGAUGUAGUCUCCCAAAUCCUUUGGCAACAACAACAACGAUUGUUGUUCGCGAAUUCCCCAAAUUGCAAUGUGAUUUCGUGUAAUGUCUCCCAUACUUCCAUAUGAACCCCAUGUACAUUUUCAUGUAUAUGCAUCUCUUCAACAAAUUUGAUAAGUACAAGAUUUUUGGCGUCUCCUUUCUGUCUAAAAGUUAAGUGGUGAUGAGGAAAUGCCUUU